AUGGACGAAGACUAUCCCGAAAAUGCUAUAGCCGUUAUCGGCAUGGCCUGCAAGUUCCCGGGCGCCGAGUCCCUCGAAGAAUUCUGGGACCUCCUCCUUGCUGGCAAAUCCAUGUGCCAGGGGGCUCCUUCAGAGCGAUUCGCCACAAAGAACAAUCGUCGACAUCAGGAUAAAUCCAUCUAUAAUGGAAAUUUCAUUUCUUCAAUCGAGAGCUUUGACCAUAAGUUCUUCCGAAAGUCCGGUCGAGAAGCAUCCUCUAUGGACCCUCAACAGCGCCUCUUACUUGAGGUUGCAUAUCAAGCCCUCGAAUCCGCCGGAUAUUUCGGCGAGACCGACCCGAAUACCGACGUGGGUUGUUAUGUGGGUGUCUGUGCAUCGGAUUACAAUGAUAAUGUCGCAAAUCACCCCCCGAAUGCGUUUUCUACUCUAGGAACACUCAGAGCGUUCUUGACUGGAAAGAUAAGUCAUUUCUUCGGCUGGACCGGUCCGUCCGUGACCUUCGACACUGCGUGUUCUUCGUCUGCGGUAGCCAUUGAUGCUGCAUGCAAGGCAAUCCUGCAGGGAGGCUGCCACAUGGCGUUAGCAGGGGGUGUCUCCAUCUUCACCAGCCCAUAUUUCUUCCAAAAUCUAUCGGCCGCAUCGUUUCUGAGUCCAACAGGCGCAACCAAGUCUUUUGAUGCCGAUGCAGAUGGGUACUGUCGCGGAGAAGGAGUUGGAUUGGUGAUGUUGAAAAAGUUGUCACAUGCUGUUGCAAAUAAUGACAACAUUCUUGGAGUGAUCAUGUCUUCCGCCGUCAAACAAAGCAGUAAUUUAGUCCCGAUCACAGUGCCAUACAGUCCCUCCCAGACUGCCUUAUACCGGAAGGUCUUGGCACUGGCGAAUGUAUCUCCAGAACAAGUUACCUAUCUUGAAGCACACGGUACGGGAACUCGCAUUGGGGAUCCCCAGGAGUUUCAGGGAAUCAAAGAGGUUUUUGGAGGGCCCAAGCGACAGGAAAACCUUUAUUUUGCGUCUGUGAAGGGUAACAUCGGUCAUACUGAAGGUGCAUCUGGAGUAGCUGGUCUGAUCAAGACAGUGCUGAUGAUCCAGAAAAGAAAGAUUGUGAGACAGGCCAGUUUUCAGCAGCUGAACCCAAAAAUCAUCCUUGAAGGAGAAAAGUUAGCUGUACCGACAGACACAUUGACUUGGAAAGCGGAAACUUUGAUUGGCUGUGUGAACAACUAUGGUGCUGCAGGUAGUAUUGCAGCAAUGGUGAUUAAGGAACCGCCUGCACCAUCAACCGAACUUGGGCAUGCUAAACCAUUAUCGAGAUACCCUAUUUUCCUGUCAGCAAAUUCUCCAAAAGCGUUGAGUGAAUAUGCAGCCAAAUUGCGAGCAUUUAUGACUCGUCUCCCUCCUUCGUCCAGCAAUACCCUUGCGGAUCUUGCGUGCAAUCUGAGCGACAAACAAAAUCGAUCACUUCCAUGUUCCCUUGAAGUCACAGUACCUAGCAUGACAGAGUUGGAUGAUCAACUGCGUGUCGUGGCAUCUGGAUCUAGCGCCCCAUCAUCUUCUGAAGCGCCAUCGAAACCCAAACAUGUCAUUCUGGUGUUUGGGGGACAGACAAAUCGAUUGAUUGGGUUGAAUAAAAUGGUACUAGAAUCCUCCCCAAUCCUACGCUCAUAUCUCGACCAGUGCGAUGAGAAACUCCAAGCUUUCGGGAUGCAGAGCAUUUACCCCGGGAUCUUCGAGACAGAGCCCCGCGACGAUAUCGUCAUGCUGCAGACUAUGCAAUUUGCGUUGCAGUACGCCGUUGCCAAAACCUGGAUAGACAGUGGCUUGCACAUUGACUGUGUCUUAGGGCAUUCUUUUGGACAGUUAGUUGCCUUGACAAUCUCUGGGGUCCUCUCGCUGGAAGAUGGUUUAAAACUAGUCCAUGGGCGGGCUCUGCUAAUGGCACAAAAAUGGGGACCAGAAAGAGGAUCGAUGAUCGCGCUGGAUGCUGAUAUCGAGACAACUGCCCGACUGGUAGCAGCUGCCCACACACUAGAUCAAAACUAUCGACUGGAAAUUGCCUGCUAUAACGGGCCCAGGAGCCACGUUGUCGUCGGUUCAGAGGCUGCCGUCCAAGGCUUGGUCGGGCUUCUCAAUCAGUCCGCAGCAGUCAAAUACAAACAGCUGAAUGUUACCCAUGGCUUUCACUCCGAGUUCACAGAACCAAUCUUGAAAGACCUGGAUCAGUUAGCUAAGACUUUGACGUUUAACCAACCUAAAAUCCCUAUUGAGACCUGUUCUGAGGGCCAAUCCUGGGGUUUUGUAACCCCUGCGCUUGUCACAGAGCAUACCCGCAUACCUGUGUAUUUUGAAGAGGCUGUGGACCGACUUAUUCGGCGAUACGGUCCCUGUACAUGGGUUGAGGCCGGAUCCAACUCUUCGAUCGUGAGUAUGGCUCGACGGGCAAUCCGAGGCACUGCGUCCAAGCACUCGUUUUUUCCAAUCAAUCUCAGCAGAGAAGACGCAAUGGGCUCUCUGGCUGACACGACAGUCAAUCUGUGGAAGAAUGGCCACCACGUUCAAUUCUGGCCAUUCAACCGUUUGAAGAGAAGGCAUUAUACGCAGAUCAACCUACCACCAUACCAGUUUGAGAAGGUAAAGCAUUGGCUAGACUGGGUCGAGGUCGAGCCGGCAUCGACUUCUGGAGCGGGUAAGAAUAUUCAAGAACAAAGUGAGAAAGAGGAGCCAGGACCGGCGAAACUACUGUCCUUUUCUGGGUUUGGUGACCGUGAACGACGACAGGCAGUAUUUUGCAUUGAUCCACGGUGUGAAGAAUGGCAACGACUGGUUCAAGGUCAUGCAGUGCUGCAGAAUCCACUAUGUCCAGCGCCGCUUUAUGUCGAGCUUGUCUCACGAGCAAUUAUGCUUCACCUCCAUGAUCCGUCUGCGGUAACGCUUUCUUCGGCUGGGCUUUGUCUGCGAUCAUUGGAUGUUGUCGCCCCGUUGGGAAUAGGUCAUGACAUCUAUGUGAAGCUUCUGUUAACUCAACUUGGUUCCAACAAUGACCGUUGGAGGUUUGCAUUCUACACCAUGCCCAGACCAUUCCGCUCUGAGGAGGCUGAUCUCCCUCUUCAUGCAACUGGUGAAGUGACAAUUUCUAGCAGAGCUGAGGUUCGUAGUGAAUUUGAGAGAACAGUAAGACUGCUUCCAUAUCAGCAUCUCGAGAGCCUCAUUGCCCAGACCGAUGGCGAGGGCAUGACGGGAUCCUUGAUCUACCGGGUUUUCGAUCGGGUUGUUCAAUAUGACACCUACUACAAAGGGGUGUCUCGAAUCGCCUCGAAGGCAGGAGAGGUGGUGGCGCAAGUCAUCCUCCAGAACCCUGAACUCCCGUGGGCUAAGGAACAAGUGUCCAACCCCUUAGCUCUCGAUAACUUCCUCCAGGUGGCUGGGCUGCACGUUAACAGCCUUAAUGUUUGCGGUGAGAGUAACGUGUUCGUGUGCACCAAAGUCGACCGUAUCCAGUUUGGCCCAGAAAUGCAGCUGUCUAACGGCAAUGGCAGCUGGAGUGUCUAUUCUAAUAUGCAUAUGCUCAACGAUAAGGAGGUCGAAAACGACAUAUACGUGUUUGAUGCCAUAAGACGGCAACUUGUAAUGGUUAUCCUGGGAGCGAGGUUCAAUCGUGUCCUCAUCACUUCUCUAGGAAAAGUGUUAGCGAGAGCGAAUGCUACAGGCGCAGGGGUAGACCUAAUUGCUAAAGGUUUCCCUGCUGCUAGCCACAUUCCUGCCACAGAUCCAAGAAUCUCAAAAGAGAGUGAUUUUGGCAUGCCGGUUCCUCCCAUCCAGUUGGACCAGUCAUCGACGAUUCCCCGACCCAUAGAGGAGCCAGUCAAACCUGAUCUCGAGAAAGAGCUUCGCCAGCUUCUCAACAAAAUCACCGACGUGCCCGAAAGUGAAUUCAAAGAUGAAGCGACACUUGAGGAUCUCGGAAUUGAUUCGCUAAUGGCAACUGAAAUCGUUACCGAAGUGGGCGCAGUUUUUAAAGUUGAUAUUCCUCAGUCCGAUGUCCAAGACUUGAUCACCUUCCGGGCUCUUCGUGACUAUGUUCUCCAGCGAGUUGCACCAGGUCAUAAGGUGUUGACCCAGACCAUGACCGCGACUCUAACGGAGGCGGUUUUGCCAAGAGAGAAAAAAGACAAUGCACCGAAGGCUUCUUUUGCGGGCCCCAACGAGCAAGUCUCAAGACGCAUUGCCCAACUAGUGGCAAGCCAUCUGGAGUGCAGUGCUGAUUUCCUCCGCUCUACAAAUCUAGCGGAUCAGGGCCUUGACUCCUUGUUAUGCAUGGAGCUCGCUACAGACAUUGAGCGCCUUUAUGGCAUCAAGAUCGAUGUGACACAACUUACCACUGAGUCUACCUUCGGGGACCUCUGCGACAUGAUUAUAGGGAGCGGGUCCUCUUCAGGGUCGUCCACUGCAGAUGACUUCGCUGCGUCAACCCCAGCGGCGGAGCUGACCACUGAUACGGAAGAUGAGAACAUACCAGUGCCGGGGCCGCAAGCAGCCGCUAAACUGUUGGAGGUGCAACAUGCUUUCGAGAAUAUCCGUUACGACUUUGAAAUGUACGCAAAGGAAACCGGAUUUCUCGGGUUCUGGAAGAAUGUAUUCCCAGCACAAUCUCGCUUAGUGCUAGCAUACGUAGUGGAGGCAUUCAGAGACUUGGGAUGCCCUCUAGAUGUCCUCCAGCCGGGGCAAAUUGUGCCGGACCUGCUAGUGUUGCCCAGGCAUCAGAGACUAAGAUGUGUGUUCUAUGAAGUCCUCCGCGACGGACAGCUUGUCGAUUUCACAGGAACAGACUAUAUUCGGUCUGAGAAGCCCAUAGAUCACACCCCAUCGCACGAAAUUUAUUCUCAAAUCGUUCGGGACCAUCCGCAGCACGCGAAGGAGCACGAGUUAUUGAAUAUAUGUGGUUCUAUUAUGGCAUCACUGGUGAACGGCCAAAAGGAUCCUCUACAACUUCUAUUUGGGACCAAAAGAAACAAGGACCUUCUCGAGGAUGUAUACCGUAAUGGGCCGAUGUAUCUGGCGGUGACCCGUUUGCUAGGUAGCUUCUUAGAGAAGUCGCUUAGAAAUCGGGGGGAAGGCAAAAUUCACGUUCUGGAGGUUGGAGCCGGAACAGGAGCUACAACGCGAUGGGUUGUCGACGUCCUCUCCCGAGCUGGAGUUGACUUCACUUAUACUUUCAGCGAUAUCUCCCCGUCAUUAGUGGCAGCCGCGAAACGGAAAUUCUCAACCUAUGGAAAUAUGAAUUUCAUGGUGCUGGAUAUUGAGAAGGCACCUCCAGAGGAGUUAACGGGACGUUUUCAUAUCAUUCUAUCCACCAACUGUAUUCAUGCCACGAGCAGCCUGCCUCGAUCACUCACACGUAUCUGCGAGAUGCUGCGGCCCGGCGGGUUUGUGUCGCUUGUGGAGUUCACGAAGAACAUGUUUUGGUUUGAUAUGGUGUUUGGACUCUUGGAGGGAUGGUGGUUGUUUGAAGAUGGACGUGAGCAUGUUUUAGCAGACGAGGCAUUCUGGGAGCGGAGCAUGAAACAUGCCGGAUUUAAGCACGUUGCAAUGACAGACGGGCCGAGUCUAGAGGCGAACACGGUUCGAAUCAUAACUGGAUUCACCGAACAUGCGGUUUCUUCGAACACGCAAUCUUGGGUUGAGAAGAAAAAUGAAGCCACCGAUUCAGAAACACUGGUUUUUAGCGUCACCGAUGACAAGACGCUGCUUCGGGCGGAUAUACAUUAUCCUGUUUCGGAGUCAAAGUGCUCUCAACCAUGGCCUGUGGCUCUCCUAAUCCAUGGGGGUGGUCACACUAUGCUCUCCCGAAAGGAUGUUCACCCGAAGCAAGUUCAAUAUCUCCUAAAGCAUCGCAUUCUCCCCGUCAGCGUCGAUUAUCGGCUAUGUCCCGAAACGACACUCGUCGAUGGGCCGAUGCGCGAUGUGCAAGAUGCGUUCAUCUGGGUGAAAACGAAGCUCCCCUCGCUUAAACUUAGAUCAUCGUCAUAUCUUAGCAUUGAUUCUGAUCGAGUUGCAGUUGUUGGCUGGUCCACUGGUGGAACGCUGGCACUGUCGCUCUCGUGGACGAUAGAAAGCUCACAAGAAAUUCGGCCGCCGGAUGCCAUUUUAUCGUUUUAUUGUCCAACGGACUAUGAGGAUCCAUUCUGGAAGGGGCCCAAUUUCCCUUGUAAUUCGCGAUCUUAUGCCGAUGAAGAGAUUGAUCUCUUAGCCGGAGUCUCCCAACGACCAAUUACGGCCUAUAAUGUUCCUCCAUCCAAGAGAGCAACAGCUGGCUGGAUGUGUCCAUCCGACGCCCGCUCCAAAAUAAUCCUGCACAUGAACUGGCGCGGCCAAACGUUGCCAGUCCUCUGCAAUGGCCUCCCCGCAAAGGCCGGCGUCCCAGCCGACGAACUUAAGAAGUAUGAAUGUCUGCCCCAGCCGAGCCCGGAGCAAAUCAUCGAGAUCAGCCCAUACGCACAGAUAGUGAGAGGGAAGAGCAGAUCACCAACGUAUCUGGUGCAUGGAACAGACGACGAUUUAAUCCCAUGGCAACAAGCGCAGCGGACGUACGAGGCAUUGAAGAAAGCAGGGGUCCCCGCGGGGAUCAGUUUAUUGGAGGGCCAGCCGCACUUGUUUGAUCUGUUUAGCGAUGCAGAUGGGAAAAAGUGGCAGGCGGUGGUAGAGGCAUAUGCGUUUGUGUUCAAGCAUGUUGGAGUCGAGAUGGGGCGUGUGGACUAA